AUGGAUCAAUCUCCCCGCCCGACGGAGCGCGGUCUCUGCCACGACGGUUACAACUUCAGUAACCCCUCAGUCGAUUCCCACGAUGCUCCAAGGCCUAUUGGCAAGCUCCAAAAAUCAACCAUACAGAGAAUAGCGGCCUUUGAACCCCUGCAUAACCCUGCCUUCGGCCAGCACUGCGGGUACGCAAACGACUACAGUCACCCCUAUAGACCAAACGUGAUCCUAGACGUUCAAGGAAAACCCAAGAAUGACCCAUACUUUCCAGAAAACAACUUGCGAUUCGCUGAUCGGAAUGACAGCAAUUUCAGGUGCGCUGUCGAGAAUCAUGCAGUCGCUUCUAGCCCAGGCGGGUGGAACCGCAGCGCAAGAAGAGAGAUCCAGCACCUGCACGAACCUCCAGCGGAACCACAUAACUCGCAUCACAGGUCCUUCUCCUUUCCGCUGCCUACCAUUGCCCCUAUGCAUUCAUCAACUCACCCUGAAUCUCGACACAGUAGCGCACCCCCCCAAGCCGCGGGAUACUCCAAAUAUGAUUGCUUCCGCAAUCGCUUUGAAAGCUCCGAAACGGCAAAGGAGUUCCGGCACACUUCGAUGCGAUUCGAUAGGACGCCGUGCAAGGCCCCACAGGAUGACCCAACGAUAGAGGAGGUGGAGAGCGACCGAAGAAGGAACGUUGAGCGCAUCUACAACGCCAUGACCCGUGGUGACAUCGCCAAGGAUAACGAGGGUUCUACAGCCAUGAAGAGGUGGGUGUACGACGCAAAUUACCCAUCAGCUCUUGUGGAGGCGUAUGCCCACAAGGUUUUCGAUGCGAUGUUGGAGCAAGUCAAGCUGGGAUUCCGUGGCUGGAAUCAAAAUGACUAUGUCGUGGACGAGCGCAAGGGCGAGGACGACGAUCGCGAUGUUGACUGUGCAGGUCGUCUGGACAACAUCAUCAGCGCUCUCGAGCAUGAGAAAUCCAUCUGCGAGAAUGUGAUGAGCUCGUCCAACCAGAUCCGGAUGUUUGUUAAUGCACCAAAGGCAUACUCCAAGCGCAAAGAUCAGAAUCGAGUUGGUAAUGGGAAGAGGCCGAAUGCAAAGGGCUUAGUCGCCGGCAGCUCAGAAUCCCCAGCGAAGAAACGAAGAACAGGAGGACACACCAGAAACCGCUCUUCCACGCUCUCCGACCUACCAUCGUCACGAGGCACAACUCCACGGGAAUCAUACGAUAAAUUAGGGCUGCCCUUCUGUGCACCCCAGUUCCAAGGGAGAGGCAAUGUCAGCUCCUCUCCACCAUUUUCCUUCGCGCCGCUGGCGCCUGCCUUCCACCGGCGAAUGGGUCUUGCACACAGCACUUCUUUCGGCCAGCUUCUCAGCAACACAAGGCCGCCCUCGAUGAUGUCGCACAUGGCCCCUGUCACCCGCAUGGCUUCGGUGCCUGCUACUCUUCAAUCCCCUUUCAUGUCGCCGUCUAAUCAGUCGCACAGUCACUUCUCAACACCCGUCAUGCCUGACGCACCAAAGCGCUCAAACAGCUGGCAAAAUACUGAUAUCUUCGAUCCACCAAUACAAAUCGAUGUUUCAUGCCCUGAGAGGAACGACAGCCCUCUCUUCAACGACAUGACCGAUUGGGAUUCGCGAGACGUGGUCUACACACAGAGCUUACAGGACGCCAAUCUUUUUGUUCAGCACCCGGAAGCCGGCGUGUGUAUGGCCGACCUGGAGAGGGUAGAUUCACACCAGGAUGGUGACAUGGCCAGUGGUGAAGACUUUACGACUUUCUGGAACCAACAGCGAGGUGUCCAACAAUUCCCGUUCGACGACCCGCCAUCCAACCAGCAACAGUGA